UCGUCGCUGAUAUGAUAGUUAGCUGCAAUAUGUAACUUGUUGGCCACUGUGUUAAAUUCCCAUAGAAAUGUGUGUUAUAGCUCUGUCAUUCUCAUUGAAAGCAAGUCUAAAAAGAGGUAGAUAUGUUUUAUGUGCGAAUUCUGUGCUUCCGUUUCGUUUUUGCGUCUUUACUUUAGGUUUUGUACACCAUUUUCAUUCAAACAAAUUAAAUUACAAUAUUUUUGGUUAUGGAAGAUAUAUUUCACAGCGGUUUAGAUGGUACAAUGAUUCUCUACACUAUACUUGCUGUUUAGUCAGAAAUUGAAAUGUUUAAGUUCCAAACAUUUCCAAAACCCUAUCACAAGUGAGGCGUAUUUACGUUUAGACAGAGCAUUUGGGUAGGGACAGGACAUUUCCCACUGCAAAAAGGAUGUGGAAUGCCAUAGAGCCCCACAUUGGAGGUGAUAUAAUACCCAUAACCUAAUGGUCAAACAGGAAAGUGGUUCCAAUCGUUUUCCACCCAUCUAAAAAUCACCUAUGUGAAAAAUGAAACACUUAAAAUAAGUGCUGUGUUUCGUGUAGGCUUACCCUGGCAUGAUGUUUUGAUAACCAUGUUCUAUCUCGGACAAGGUGAUUUGUCAAUAUAUUCUGUUCCAUUAACUCUGACUCGAAAAUGCUAAUUAAGAUCAAAGUAGACAUCAUGCAAAACUACAAAUCCCUGCAAGCACCUGCAGACCAUCGCAAGCUGACACCUUUGCUAACAGGUACUGUGUCAAUUUAAAACUUGCACAAGACAGUUCACAGAAUUGUCAAUUUAAAGAAAUUCAGCCAAUUUAUUCAUUACUACAUUUACCUAACAUUAGAUAGUUAAUCUAUAGAUCCUACAUUUUGCCUUGAUUCGGCAGUCUCGUCCAGAUCAUUAUGGCAUUUGUAGUUCUUUAUGAUAGCCACAUUAGCAGCUAACUAGCCUUUCAUUUUGGGGGGGUAAAUGCAGGCAAAUAUAUUGAUAAAAGUAACUUUAUCCUAGAGCAGGCGUGGCAAAGGCCGACCUGCGACCUGAUUCAAUAUGGCCCGCGGACUCAGGCUCAGAUCACAUAAAGAAUUUGCGAUAGUAAAGUAUUUGUUAUUCAAAUUAAAAGCAUAAUGAUUUAACUCCGACCGCUUGAGGGACAUUUAUUUUGAAGGCACUUAUAAGUAACAACUACACGAGGACAGGCAGUGACUGACAGGCUGACACACGUUACAAAUAGUAGCUAGCUAGAAGUUGCGCUAAAAUGAGUUUUUCAAAGAAAAGGAAAGUAGACAAUAAAUGUAGGGUGUUACAGCAAGAGUGGACUUCGAAAUAUUUCUUUGAGGUAUCAGGGAAAGCUGUGUGCAAGGAGAGCAUCGCAGUCUUGAAAGACUACAACUUGUCCCGACACUUCCAGACGCAUACAGAGAAAUAUAGGAAUAUGUCUUCUGAGUAGAGGGCAAGUGCAUCGAAAUAGUUGCUUUCUCAGUUGCAAAAGCAGCAAGGACUUUUAACAAAACUGCAUUCAGCAAACGACGGAAUUGCGAGAGCUAUCUAUGUACUGUCCUACACAAUUGCGAAACAUAGCAAACCAUUUGCUGAGGGCCAAUUCAUUAAAUAAUGUUUCAUUGACUCUGCAGCAAUACUUUGCCCCGUCAAGAAAGCUGUUUGAAAAUGUUUCCCUGUCAAGACGAACAGUGACAAGGCAUGUUGAGUACAUCACCGAGAAUAAGGAACAACAGUUGAAAGACAAGGCAAAGGAUUUCACCUAUUUCUCCUUGGCCCUGGAUGAGAGCAGUGAUGCAUGUGACACAGCGCAGUUAUUGAUAUUCUUAUGAGGCAUAACACCAGACUUUGAAAUUGCAGAGGAGCUUGCUUCGGUGCAGUCAAUGAAGAGCACAACCACAGUGAAAGAUUCAUUGGAGGAGGUUAAUAAUUGUGUGGCAAAGCUGGGAGUUUAGAAAGUUAACCGGUGUGACCACUGAUGGGUGCCCAAACUUAACAGGAACAAACGUUGGCCUUUUGAAAAUGAUACAAGAUCAAGUGGCUGAGCUGAACCCAGAUCAGAACAUUAUUUUCCUGCAUUGCAUUAUUCAUCAGCAGGUUCUCUGUAAAUGUGUUCUGAAAAUGAGCCGUGUUGUGGAUGCCGUCACUAAAGUGGUAAACUUCAUAAGAGCACAAUCUUUAAACCACAGGCAAUUUGUCUCACUGUUGGAAGAGACAGAGUCGGAUCAUGCAGAUUUCCCCUUAAAAGGGUGUGGGACCUGAAGUCGGAGAUUGCUGAGUUUUUGCAAAUUAAAGGAAAAUGUGUGGAUUUCCAUCAAUUGCAAGAUAAAGAAUGGUUGGCUGAUUUUUGCCUUCACUGUGGACAUCAUGGCCCUCAUAAAUGAACUGAAUUCCAAACUACAAGGGAAGGGUCUUUUUGCACAUCAGAUGUACAGCCUUGUCAAAGCCUUCAAGGGAAAGUUACUCUUCCUGACCUGCCAAGUAGAAGCCAACAAUCUCACCCACCUUCCGACACUACUAGUCUGUUCCCUGUCAGAUGACCAGCGGGAGAAGUAUACAUCGCUGCUGCGUGCUUUGAGCGUGGGUUGUACCAGAGCUGGUAGGCCAGGCCCUGGCAACAGUGCUGAUGCUUGUCUCCCUGCACUGGUUUGUCUUCCUACUCAACCUGCCUGUGGCCGCCUGGAACAUGUACAGGGUUUGGAAGGUGCCCAUGGGAAACAUGGGGGUGUUUGACCCCACUGAGAUCCACAACCGGGGACAACUAAAGUCUCACAUGAAAGAGUCCAUGAUCAAACUCGGCUUCCACCUGCUCUGCUUCUUCAUCUACCUGUACAGCAUGAUCCUGGCACUGAUCAACAAUUGAGAUCCCCAUGGCCAUUUUAAUCCAAUCGGCCAAAUCACAAACUAUUCAGUAUGUGGUGUUCAAUAUGUCCUGGUCUUCAGUCCUUUGCUCAGCUGGAGUCACGUGACAUUGCACUCCCCUUGGACACCUAAUCAUUGCUCAGACCCCCCCCCCGUACUUCUGUGUUCUUAUAACUGCCCUGGAAUUGUGUGUGUGGGGGCUUUCGUUCAGCCUUUGUCCAACAAUGCUGUCCAUGCACUGCUCCUCUAGGCAGAGGGAAAACAUGACAAUCGUACAGGCUAGAUGGUGCAUACGAUUGGGUAACAAAUUUUCGGCCAAGAGCCAAUCACAACAGCUAGCACAUCCUCUUGCAGCCUGCCGAACAUCAUCUCUGAUAAAAAUAAAUAUGACUUUGUCUCUUGUCAACAUGCUGGAAAAUCCUUGAAUUGAAUAUCCUUUGCAGAAUAAUAACCUGUGUUUUGGCGAUCUAUUUCUAUAUUUUCUUGCAGUCUCUUAACAUCAAUAAGUUAUAGAUCUGACAUCCCCUGACUGCAGAAAGGUGCACAUUUGAUUGGUAUUAUAAAAUAAAGUGUUCUCAGGGGAAUACAUGCACCUGGGUUGGAAAAUGUUUCUCAACCCUAUUUUUUCACUCGACUGUGUAUCAAUGGGCAAUAUAACCUCGAUUCAAUCCGUAGCACUGAAGAGCUACACCGUAGCGCAAUUUCAAGGUAAUUUCCAAUUGAGCUGACAUGUAACAUUGUCUUUAAAUUUGUGUGGUGCUUCAGAUUGAAUCAAAUCCCUUGUCUGUAUCCUAGUUGUAUGACAGAAGCACAUUUACUACACAUCACUAUGUAUGUUAUUUGUGCAGUUUGAGAAUGUUCCAGCCAAAUGUAUUUCUCCAUGGGGAAGGGUGCGUGUUCAGAUUGUUUAAAUCAAACUAAAAUGACUCAUUUUUUUAUUUGUGCUUUUGAAAAUAAUUUGUGGGGUUUCUUAAAUAAACUUGAAAGAGAACAA